AUGCCACGAGGACGAAAGCGUGCUCCUGGGGGCGGCGGUCGGCAAUCCAGCAACUAUCAGCGAGAAGUGGAGACGUAUCAGAAGAGGCUUGAGGUGAUUAACUUUCACGACAACAACGGAAUGCAAGCUACACUAGACAAGUUCUACCAAUACCUUGUACAAAAAAAGCGUGAAAAUAAACGAAAACGAAUUUACGAAUGGCUGAAAGACCGGGAGCGUAUUGAAUCCGUGUGUUUGUCGUCAGUGAACUAA